AUGGCCAUGGACGCCUCCUGGGCCUGGGGCUCCCUCCUGCCCUCUCCCGUGGUCCUGCUCGCCAUCGUCUGCCUCGUCUCCGCCGGGCUGCUGUACCAGGUCUAUCUCUUCGCUCUGCCCAAGCCCAUCCCAGGAAUUCCAUACAACCUCCAUGCCUCCAAGCGCCUGAUGGGAGACAUACCUGACGUGCGUCGCUCCAAGCACAUGCGACAAUGGGUUUGGUCCCAGCCCCGGGUCCACCGUGCCCCUCUGUCUCAGGUCUUCGUCUUGCCCUUCAGGCGUCCGACCGUCAUCGUCACAGACUACAGCGCCGUCGUGGAUAUCCUGGCCCGUCGGUCGCGUGAGUUCGACCGCGGGCAGCGCGUCAGGGAGAUUGUUGGCCUCAUAGCCCCCGAGUUCCAUUUCACCAUGGAGACCAAGGAGGAGGGCUUCAAGGCUCACAAGGAGCUGGUCAGGGACCUGAUGACGCCGCGGUUUCUCAACGAGGUUUCCUCUCCUCGAAUAUACGAUGCUUUUGCGGCCCUCGUCCACCUCUGGCAUGAGAAGAGCACAAAGGCAGUGGGGCAGCCCUUUUGCGCCAGCCAUGACCUGUACAUGGCCACCCUUGACUCCAUCUGCAGCGUGGCCUUUGGCCUGGACGAGUCGAAGCGCUCGCUAACCCGGGAGAUCGACCAUGUCCGAUCGCUGCCCAUGCCUCUCGCCAGCCCAGCACCCGGACCGCAGGUGUCCCCCGUCAUCAGCGACGCAGCCCCCGUGGAGUUCUCGCGGCCAGAGCCAAACCCGGAGAUCGAGGCGCUGCUAGACAUCCCCGAGAUGCUCUCCAUCUCGCAGAAGAGCGGCUUCCCGUGGAUCGCCCAGCGGCUCGCGCUCCUGCGGCCGAAGCACGCCCGGGCGAUGCGGAACCGGCAGGCCUUGAUCGACACGCAGACGGAGAACAGCCUGAAACGGCUGUUCGCCUGUGGGGAGAAGGAGAUGCAAUGCGCAUUGGACUGGAUGCUGUGGAGGGAGAUGGGCAAGGCCAAGAAGGAGGAGAGGACCCCCGAUUUCCACUCCCCAGUCAUCCGAGACGAGACCUUUGGUUUCUUGCUGGGAGGCCACGAUACCUCGGCCACUGUUCUAUCAUGGUGGGUCAAAUAUAUGGCUGAACAUCCACAUGUGCAGACUCGACUUCGAGCCGAGCUGCGCAAUGGCCACUCGGUAGCCAUGAUGGAAGGGCGAUGGCCGGCCAUGGAGGAGAUCAUCUCCACGCACAUCCCGUACCUCGAGGCUGUGGUCCAGGAGACGCUGCGCUGCGCAUCCAUCGUUACUCUCAUUUCACGCACGACGACUCAGGAUGCACAGGUUCUUGGAUACCACAUCCCCAAAGACACCAGCAUCUUACUAUCCUUGACCGGCCCCGGCCUCACAGAGCCUUCCCUCGAUAUCCCUGUCACGCCCGACCUGGGGACGAAAACCUCACAAACGAACAGUCCCCCGCCCUGGGACAAUUCGGAUAUCCACCUCUUCCGUCCAGAGAGAUGGCUAAAAUCCGAUGAGGAAAAGGGCAUCGAGGUGUUUGACAGCCGCGCUGGCCCCAUUCUAGCCUUUUCCACCGGCCCGCGAGGCUGCUUCGGCCGACGCCUGGGCGAGAUGCAGCUCAAGACAGCCGUGACGCUGCUCAUCUGGAACUUCGAGUUCGGAAGCACCGGACCCCUUGGCGGAAUGGAAAUCAAGGAGAAGUUCGUCAACAUGCCGAGAGACUGCUACGUGCGCCUCAAGCAGACCUAG